CACGCCAAUAUUAUAAUACUCCUGGAUCUUAAUAAAAAACUAUCUCCUGAUGACCGCAAAGACUAUUAUCUCUCAGUUGAUCAACAGAUACAACAAUGGAAAGAGGCUUUGAAAGCAAAUGGAUUGACUGCUCAAGAGUUUGAGAUCGUGGACGAUGUCUGUCACCUAAGCCGUCAAGAGAUCAUAGAUUUGCUACAAUUAUUAGUCUACGACUUCAGACCAUUCUUCGCGAGUGGUGACCAGUUUGAGGCCCAAUGCAAACACAUGUCUGACAUUGUAUUUGAUGCCUAUGUUAACCCGGGUAGGGAUGUGCCUAACCCUAACGCAUGGAAGGAAUUCCUGGCCAAUGAUGCCAUUACUCAAGUGGUCCUAUAUUACAAAACGCUGAGACUUGUUGCCCAUAAAUGA